CUAUUACCUCACCCCCCACCAAAUAUCCAUGAAUUAUCAAAAUGCGACUAAAACAUUCAGAAAAAGCCCAAAAGUAAACUCUCUUUUAAACUGAUAGCACUUGAACAGAAUAAAGUAAGAUAACGCUCUGGUCUAACAGACAGCAACGGCCUAACGGCAGCCUCUGUACAAUUUCCCACAUCUGCCAGUGAGACAUUACAUUUGUGUCAGUGAAUGAAUUUGCACUUACGUCACUCCCAAUACACACAGACUCUGUGAUACCAGCCUCAGACACAGAUGUAAUCCUUGAAUGAACAAUUUCCCCAAUACCUUCCUCUCCGACAGUGUUUUCGCUGAUUACGCCUCUAACUUCAGAUGAAUAGCCAGUGUCCUCCAUGCAGUUGUUCAACCCAUUCCCCAGUCCUACAGUGGGUUUCACCAUCAACUACUGGUUCACCAUAACCCAGUUCACUACCAGUAAACUAAAAAAAAACACUAACAGUAAAAUUGCAUUAAUUUAUUAAUUGUAGCGCAUAGUCAGAUUUGCAUUUCAUUUACUUGGCCAGAUAAGCCAAACAUCAGUAUACUCACAUCUGCAAUUCAAAACAUGUAGACACCUUGUUCCUCCACUGGGGCACUUCAGCCAUUCCAUGUAUUCAUUAAAUUUCACCACCAGCUCAAUUAAUUCAUUAUAUGAAUUUAUUAAAAAUGUUUAUACAUACGAGAAUUGCUGAAACACAAGUGUUUUGGAUGGUUGCCUCAAAUAGUGGAGAGACUUUACAUUUAAAACAUAACAUUCAUAACAAGUUACCAAAAUUCGACAUGAAAGUGUAAGCUGACAACCGGUAGAGGGUGUGCCCUUGUGUCCGAAGCUGCCUGGGACAGGCUCACAGUUACCCUAAGUAAGAUACGUGGUUAGACAUAUAGAUGGAUGCAUAGAUAAUAAUGUACUUCACUCACCCAAGUGCUGCUGGUCCAGGGAGAAAUAUGCGCUUAUGUGAGUGGACUCCUACCUGCAGCAAACACAUGCUGUGAGUUGUUCGUGAUUGUCGACACCAUGCCCGUCGUGUGUCUUGCUCGUGCGCGGGGCCAAGAAAGCCAAUUAAUAAUUUUUCUUUCUUGUACGAACGCAGAAUAUCAACUCAGCCACUUAAAUUGUCAUAAUCGGAUAUUAUUUUUAUUGUCAUCAUCAUCAAUAAUAACAAUAUUGACGACAAUUAAUGCAGCAGAGCAGCAGUUAAAUACGUAGAAUUAUAUCAGGCAUAAAUAUUGCGGUUAUAGAUGGGCGUUCCGUUCGUUAGGCGGUCCUCGCCGCGCGGAAGUUACGAUGCAGUAGACCUAUAAAAUCUUGUUUUAGCGGCGCAAACGAACGAAAGUUGUUUCUAUGUGUCACAUCGCAUUUCGUCUACGUCUUACAAAGAAUUCACGGAAUUAAUUGAUGUUACCCACCGCAGGUUUUUUUGCUAGAUUUGAUUGCCCUUUCCAUGCUCAUGGUUUCUGCCAGCGACCCUUUUGCCAUUUUAAACAUGCCAAAGACGAUCUCCUAUGCCUAUCGCCGAACCGGAAGCGAGCAGGGCCUGAAAAAGUUCCCCCUCCCCUAAAGAAAGGAACCCAUCAUAAACUAUAUGUAGCUUCAGAGAAGGAUCCUUGCUUUUUGGAGCUGGAACGGAUAAACAAAGAGAUUGAGACUGUCAAGUGUGAAGUGGAGAAGGAACAGCGGAGGUUAUCUCGCUACAAGACUCUUCAGGAAGACAUUGUUGGUAGCUGCUCAAGCAAAGCUUUGAAUCCCCACAAUGGCUCCAAAGGUAAAGAGUGUAAUGCCAAGAAUGUCAGUUCUGCUCGCACACCAGUGUCUGCUGUAGUCCAUACACCUGGUAGCAAGUAUGUGGUGGAUAGCUCACGGCCAAGAACAGAUUUGGAGUACGACCCCUUGUCCAAUUAUUCUUCGGACCUAAAACCCAGCAGUGCUGCAGAAUGCAGAGUGCAAAACUGUGGUCAAGAAGUGACACCAAGUCUUAAAAGGAUGAGGGAGAACCUUGGUGAAGACCAAAGGAGGGCCAGACCUGAAGAAGAUAACUCUGAUGAUGAUGGAGUUCUUGUAAUAGAUAUUCCUCCUUUGGAGGAAAGCCGAAAGAGGUCUAGACCCCCAAAGUUAUGUAGUGCAGUCCCAACGGUAUUGAAGGAAAAUUCUGAAUGUAUCAUAUCUGUAUCCUCCCUGCCUGAAUUGUGUGAUGUUCCAGUCUUUGAAGCAGAGAUCUCCACAUGUAACACUGCCUGUGUGAAAUCAGAAGGGCAUCACUGCACUGACAUUUCACCUGCCACCGAUGCCAAUACAUCUGGGAAAACCAACAUCACAGAUGUGUUUGAGGAUAUAUCAAAGUGUCUAGAAAAUCUCAGAAGUGAAAGUAAAAAAAACAAUCAUUUGCCAGAACUUGAGCCUAUUCUAGGAAACUCAAGUUUUUGUGCUUCCGAUUCCAGAAUGAAUUUCUCUCCUGCAAAUGAUGGAACUGUACCAGGUGAUCAGACAGGAGUGCAACUGAGCUCCAUGGAGACCCAAAGUAUGCUUUCUAAUCCUUCUGAACAAGGGAGUGGUGUACAGCCGAAAACGACUACAUCCCGUGUUCUUCAAGAAAGUAGUCCCCCUGUUCCCUCACCUGUCACACAACAACCCAAUGAGCAGCAAGGCUUUGAGCAGGGAACCCCUCUUGAUGAAAACUCACCUGUGCUGCAUGUGUCAGUGGUGCCUUGUGCUCGAAAAAUGGCAGCACAAUUAUAUUUGACCGGAAAGGCUGAUCACCAGAGCAGUAGUCAGUCAGCAGUUCCCACCCACCAGCAUGAGCAACAUGCAGUUCCUCAUAAUAUUGUAUAUGAGCCAGUUCCAGGACCUUCCAUAAGCACCUCAAGGGCAAUUUCCAGUACAUUCAAUCUAUCUGCUUCAGUGUUUGAUGAAACCAGAAUACAAGAAAUUGAUCAAACUAACAAAUCAAAUUUGAGCUCUGAGGAGGAAUAUUUGGACAUGGAAUUUUCGGACAGUGACCCGAUGGAAGAGUGUUACAGGAUAUUCAUGGAAGCCAACCAGACAGAACCAGCGGACCCAGUUCCAAGCAAUGUUUCUGUUGAAGCUGUUGAUCUAGACCGGUCAGAGAUGAAGAAACCCAUCCCUGUGCCAGGCUCAAAGAAAAGGGUUGCACAUGUGUCCAAGCAUGAGGUAACUAAAACCAGGCCACAGGUGAUGGUUCCGUUCCAAAGAGUAGUUCCCUUGCUAGCAAACCCUCCCAAACUGCAGCAGUUGCAGCAGAAGGCCGCUGUACUGACCGCUGCAGUCAAAGGCGGGCAGGCCUAUGUGGCAGCCACCAGUGGACAGAAAAAACAGGAAAACCUGCCUUCUGCUCCUUUGCCAAUUCCUGUUCAACCAACCUGUCUGAAUAUCCUGCCAGUUGGAGCUGCCCUCCAGUGGGGCAAUGUGCACCUUAUCAUUCCGGAUGGUACCAUUGCUCUACCCCUGACUCAAGUUCCAACACCACCCACCACCCCAUCUGCUCCACCCACUGUACCUGUGCCUCUGCACACCACCCUGACCCAUGCCAAGCCAAUUACAGUCAAGCGAAAGUCAAAGUGCCGCCCAGAGGCCAGUAGCAAAGUUCCGCAUGAUGUUCGACAGCGUUAUGUCAACUUAUUCGUUGAGGAGUUCUUGAGGACAUCCUUUACUGUUCAAGAUGCCUUUGAAAAGGCACUGGCAGAGGAAAAGACCAUUUAUGACAGAAGUGUCAACAAGCUCAAGUAUCUGAGUAUAGCUGUAAAUGUACUGAAGAGAUUGAAGAACCAGAGUACUCCCCCUGCCAAAGCUCAUCUGGUUUCAGAUAGUGUUGAAUCCAAUAUUCCUGGAUCAAGAGGCCAUGUUUCUUUCAAUCCUCUAGUUCUGCAGGCUAAUGACCCAGGAGAGGCCAAUUUGUACACACAGCUGAAAGAACAUGUCUUGUCUGAAAUACUGCUGAAGGAGAACAAUUACCCCCUCACCCAUCCAGAGAUACCUGGAAAAGCCAUACAACAGGGGAGUAUUAGAAAAGGAAGCACUGACCCACUGAAGAGGAUCUGCUGUCGAUGUGGGGCUACAUACUCGGUCAGCCCGAGCGGGAUCCACACCAGGAAAGAAGAGUGUAACUAUCACUCGGGGAAAGUGGUGCAAAACAAAGUGCCUGGUGGUGUAGAAACGUGCUAUAGCUGCUGCGAGGGGGCCAUCGGGACCCCGGGCUGUCAGGUAUUCAAGCUGCAUGUGCAUGAUGCGGUCAGCAUGGAUGGCUUCGUGAGCAGCUCUCCCAGAACCCCCACAGAGAUUGGGAGCCCGGGUGUUUUUGCAUUGAACUGUGACGUGUGCUACACCUCCCAAGGUCUGGAACUGCUCAGGGUAACUGUGGUCAGCUCAAACCUGCAGGUGAUCUAUGAUGCCUUUGUUAAACCUGACAACGAGGUCAUUGACUAUAACACCAGGUUUUCUGGAAUAAGUGAGGAGGAUGUGUCCAGUGCCAGCCUGCCUCUUCGGGAUGUUCAAAGUGUACUGCUCAGCUUUAUCAGUGCUGACACCAUCCUGAUUGGCCACAGCUUGGAGAAUGAUCUCUGUGCACUCAAGCUUAUUCACCACACCGCAGUGGACACUGCUGUGGUUUUCCCUCAUCGGCUGGGGCAUCCCCAUAAAAGACAACUCUGCAGCUUGGUUGCAGACCAUCUCCGUCGAAUCAUUCAGGAGAGUGCACAUGCAGUGAUGCUCAUUCCACAUGCUGUGUGAUAAACCAUCACGAAGCUAACCUCACAUCAAGUAUUAGUAACAGUCGGUGGCCAUGACUCUGUAGAAGAUGCUACGGCCUGCAUGGAGCUGAUGCUGUGGAAAGUGAAGGAGGACUCUAAAGUGAAGAGGUGGUGACUGGAAUAAAGUCUCCAUUAUAAACCUCCCUCCAUGUAUUCCAGAGCCAUGGCAUUAAACUAAGAGUCGUCUUUCUGUUUAGAGGGGCAUCCUGAACAACUGUCAGUUAUCCAAUGGGCUUUAUUUUUGUUUGAUGGUUUUAUUUUCUUGUCCUUUUGUUCAAGUUUUCCUCCUUUUUUGGCAUCCCUAAUUGUCUAUUUGUGCCCUUUGAAAGGGCUAAUAUGUAUCUAGGCAUUAACUCACUAGAAAUUAAUUCUUUAUAUGUACCUCUCCUGGGACUGAAGGAAAGUAAAAGCAUACAAAACAA